ACUUCUGUUUUCCCCAGCUCGCUAGCACAGACGCGCCAUCUCUGAACAAGAAGUCCGUCGACAUUUUUAGCAGCAGAAACGAUUAAAAACCGACAGGUUUACACACGGGAACUUGUGAGACGACAAUAUAACGUUAUAUUCGUUAAAAAUAAUUCCCGCGUGAAGGCAACUUGGAUAAGAAAAGUGUUUUAUCCACUUAGCUAACUGUUAGCUUGUGACGUUGUUAGCUAAAACAACUUAGCUGCAAAGGAAUUUCACAGCCUGUUUAUGUUUCCGCCGCUUCAGAGAAAUGUUGGACGGAUCUCCGGCUCACAGCGAUGAAACCAACAUCGGCAACGUCGAAAACAACAACCCGGUGACGCUGAUUUCCGGCAGCGACGGGCUGAACACGGGCAACAAAGCGAGGCAGGCGCUGCUGAAGAAAGGGGGGAGGAAGCUGCGGUCGGCGGCGCCGCUGCACCAGCACCAGAAACCCCCGAGAAACGGCCCCAACGUCCGCCUGUCCGACCACAACAACAACAACACUCUGACGGCUCCGUCCGCCAAUAGACCCGCGGCCCAGCCCGGUACCGAGUUUCCUGCCGGUACACAGACCGUACUGACCCUCCAUCAUCUCAACCAGGGAGCCAGGAAAGAGGAGUCAUGUGAUGAACAAGCCCGUCUUCCUCUUUCUGCCGGCUGCUUCACCGAGCUGCUGAAACCUAAAGGUGGCAGAUUGGAGCCAGGAAGCCAAACUUCCCGCAACCAUCCCAGACACGAGCAGCUGACCCAGAAUGUGAACGGCCGGAGCCACAAGCCGAAGCAGGACCAAACCGCCGCUGCUUCCCACGCCGCGAAGAAGAAGGAUCGCAGCAGCCCCAACAAGCCUCCGCCCCAGGAGCAGAAGAAACCUCUCCACGCCUCCAACAACCUUAAGACCGUGAGCGCCAUGCCCGCUGAAACCGCACCAGAAUACCUCAAAGAUGGCGAGAAAGUGUACGCUGGAGCCAAGUUCAGCGAGCCGCCAUCACCCAGCGUCUUGCCCAAACCGCCCAGUCACUGGGUCGGAGAGAACGAGCCUCAGCUCAGCAACCAGAGCCGAGAGCAGAUGACUGUUCAUUUAAAGUCGCUGCUGAAGGUUCAAGACACGUCAUGACCGCCGCCACGGAGCACAACGACCCCAUAUCUGAUUAACAACCAACGCCAACAACUGGAAACAGUUUAAUGCAGUAAACGGAGUUUGGCCUUAAACACACUGUGAUAUGAUGUCGGGAGUUUUUAAGAACUUUAGUACAGUUUCCCAUCAGCCAACAGGCGGCGAGUGUUGAGGAGGCGUCGUGUUGUUGCUGGAGGUCUGACUGACAUGCCGUGUAUGUCAGUGGCUUCUGAUCGAACAUUUUCUGCCUUUCUGUCGGCAGAGAAAAGAGAGGAUGAGACUUUAUUGUGAUGGAGUUUGAGGCGGGAAAGAAAGAAGAGCAGACAGUUUCUCCAGCAGCAACGCCGUCGGUGCCUCGUGUUUACAUUAUGCAAAAUGACGAUGGCACUUUCUUUAAGGCAGCCUCGUGUUGAUCGACUUUUUAAAGAGCUUGUGUAAAUGUACAUAAUAUAUUGUAAACAUAUAUUUGUGUAUAUUUUUCCUUGUUAUUUUAACUGAGAUUCUAGUUUUGUUACUGAGGUUUUUUCCAAAAAAAGAGAAAAGAAAAAAAAGAGAAACUGAGGCACUUUGUUACAGCUCCUUCAGAGUGAAGCACAGUGGAUGUAAAGCGAGACUUUUCUUACUGAUUUGCACUGAAAACAAACGUGUGGACGGGCGAGAAACUUCACUCUGACCAUCCAAAGCUUCACCAGCCGCUCCGAUGAAUUCACCAGCCGCAGCAGAGCGACGUCCACUUUCAAAAUGGCUCGGAGAGAGUUUACCAGCUGGUCACCCUCCACCCCCACCCCCACCCCCCGAGCUGGUGGAGUCCAAUCAGGGACUGUGAAGCUGACGGGCUGAAGAGAAGAUGAAAGUCUCACUGCCAGCUGCUGCAGAAAGCCACAACAAGUGCUUUUUCUUUACCCUCACUGCACUGACCCGGAGUACGUCCACAUGAAGCCGGCUCAGUCUGAAACCAGCUCUGUCCACACUGAGCGGCUGCUUCUCUCACCUGCAUGUAGAGCGUUUACUAAACAGUCAUUUUGAAACGCUGUCUCACGAGGACGAUCUCCUGUCAGUCGGUCAGCUGUUGUCACCAACUGAACCGGAGCCAAACAUUUGCUGCGUCCAGCUGCUGAAACGUGACGAUUUGCAGCUUUUUUUCUGUUUUAUUUCAAAGUAAACCGAAUGUUCGGAGUGAAGAACAAAAUUAGACGCUUCAGUAUGUCACUCUGACAUAUUGAUCAGUCCCUAAUUAAAAUGGGGACCAGUUGUAGCUGGCGAUGCCCCAAUCACACCUUGCACUGAUACCGAUCAUUUCGUUGUUACGUCACAGCAGCUGGAUCAGCGGUUGGUCGGUCUGUUUAGCUGUGUAGUGACCUGGGACGUCCAACAGCUUUUACUUUGUGCAACAGAACAGUAUGAAAAACUCAAGGAGCUUUGCAGAUGUCGUACGUUCUAUCAGCCUCACACACUUUGUAAAAAGGUCCACGCGGCCGCCAUGUUGUUUUGUUUUGGCGGCCUGUUGGUGGGAGGCGAGGCUGCUCUCAGCGGCAGACACCAGAGUAUUAACCACAGCUGAUCGGUAGGAGCAUUAAUUCACGUCUACCAAUCAGGUAUUUUUAAUGAAAAUCGGAUCAGCUGAUCGAUCGGGGCCUCCCUGGUUUUAGCCUCAUAAUGAUAAAACAGUAAUUUGAUGGCUGCUGGUUAACGUAGUGUUUCUGAGCUGCCAUCAGAUCGUUAUCGCAGUAGAAACAGAUGAGGUGUAACGAGGGUCUGACGUCGGCCCUGAUGACAGUUUCUCCCUUCGCUCGGUGAAAAGAGGACGAGGAGAUGAAGCUGUCGCUGCAGCGUGGACAAGCGUUUUUAAACAUGACACGGCUUCAUGUGGACGUAGUCUUACUGUCUGUAUAUGAUGUUUUCUUCUUCAUUUCUCUGAGAUCACUCCAUGUUUACAGAGAGAGCAGUGAGUGUUCGGUUCGUCACAGGUGAUCAUGUGAUCAGGAACCACGUGUGCUUUUUUUUUUUUUUACUGUAAUGUUUCUGUGGACGCAGGCAGCUGCUGGGUCUCGUCUCUUCACCUCUGUGACGUCAUGUAAAUGGAAAAUUGUAUUAAUGUAGCAAAAACUGCCCAUUUUAUUGCAGUGUUUUAACAUUAUGUCAUUCCAGUUCUAAGAAUAAGAAUAUUAACGACUCCUCCCCAUUAUCGCGAUUUGGAAAAAAUAAUUUUAUGAAGCAUUUCAUAUCUAAAUUAUAUUAAAAUAUUGGUUACCCCGA